UAUAUUUAGUAAAUUACAGUGAAUCAGACUCUGCUCAUAUUUUAUUAUGAAAAGGCAAAAUAUAACUGAUAAACAUUAGUUCUGUGUUGCGUUAUGAUGGGGAAAAAUCAUUUGAGGUGGACGGUGCCGUAUGUGUGUGGUUCUCUUUCGCCCUUGUGUGCGCGUGCACGUCUGAGUACUUCAUCGCUACACUUGAGAAACUUGUUUAACAGUGUGAAAGAACUUUCACUGUAGACAUGCCUUUUCCUUAAUGAAAAUGCACGGCUUUUUGUUUCUAGAGAGCCUUUUACAUUUUCGUGGUUUUUAAGUAUGUUAUAGUCUAUUUUCUGUCUGCACCAUGGCAUGUUUCGGAGCAGGACUCAGGGACGACAUUGAACUGCAGCAUCUUACAGAGGAGGAGUACUCUAGUCCCCCAGAUGAAGAUGAGUUUGAAGAAGUGUAUGCCUAUAAAAAGUUGCCUGCGUUCCCACGCAAAGCAUCACCAUCCAGAGACGACACUGACGCGUUUAGAUUUAUGGUGCUUGGAGGCGAUGACCCUCUUAUGAAUGAAGCUUGUGAAACCAUCCUCGAUGUCAGACACACGGAGUAUGCCAACGUCAUCAGAAUACGAGAAAAUAUGAAGACUAAUGUCGCCAGACGCAACGUCUCUGUGUUAAAAACUCCCUCCUAUUGGCUGCACGCCUUGAAAUCGAAUCUAAUUUUCAGAAAUGGGGUCAAAUCAAUAAAAAAAGACAUGAAGUUGUGUGAAUCUCUGCUGUUUCCGGGGCCUCAUGUCUUUCUGCUGGUGCUCGGAGAUGUACGUAUCUCCGUUAAAGAAGAUCUGCUGUUACAAGCUGUGAGCAACGUCUUUGGGAAGCAAGCUUUAGAUUACAGUAUGGUGUUAUUCAUUGGUGAAUGUAGAGAGAAGGACAUAAGAAGAAACCGUUGUGUGAAAAAGUGCAGAAACAGGUACCACGUUUUAGAGAACACUGAGAAGCUGCUCGAUUACAUUGAAACGGUGGUAAAAGAGAGAGAAAAUGGUUAUUUCACAACGAAUUUUGAGUUGACGGAAAGAGCUAAAGAUCAUUUUCAGACGGAACUUGGUAAGCAGAAUUUACAGUAUGCAGAACGGGAAAAUUCUCUGAGAAGUGAAUUGGCAGGAAUGAGAAAGACAGUGGAAGAUUUAAGGAAAGAAAACACACAAUUGAAGGAGCGGCUGGUAGAUUCCAAAGGCAGAGUGAAUCAGGUUAGGUUUGAUGAUUCUAUAGCCAGAGAGAUUCGGUUCAGAAAAGAGUCUGGUGAAUAUGACUCUAGAGAGAAUCUGUUUAAACAAGAGCUGGACGCAUCUGAAGCUAAACCAUAUCUGUUCAGAAAAGAGUCUGAUGAUUCGGAAGCCCGACAGAUUCUGUUUAGAAAAGAGUCGGGUGAUUCAGAAGCUAGAGAGAUUGAGUUCAGAAAACAGCUGGAUGAAUCUAAAGCAAGAGAGAAUCAGUUUAGAAAAGAUUUGGAUGAAUCAAAAGCCACAGAGAUUCAUUUGAGACAAGAGCUGGAUGAAUGGAAAUGCAGAGAAAGUGAGUUAAAUGUUGCGUUUAAGAUUCUUCGAAGUGAAAUAGAGCAGCUCAAAGCCACAGAAAAAGAUUUACAAAGGAAUCUGAGGGAGACAAAGGCUAAAGAAGCAUUUCUGUUGAAACGAAUACAAUCAGAAUGUGACAUAAUCCAGAAAAAUGAAGAACUACAAAUGAAAGAAACGGAGCUGUGUGAGAGAUGGAGAGAGCUGGAGGUCAGAGAGAGAGAUUUGGCUCAGAGAAGUACUCGGUCCGGUGGAUCACAAUCUCUGCAGUACAUCAGAACGGCGGUCGAUAAAAUCAGACUUCACGAGGGAGACGGAGCAGAGAGCAGUGAUGGAGAAUCACAUGUCACAGGAUCAGAUGUGACUGAAGGAUUGUGGGAUUCUGUGAGACGAAACAGUCUGCAGGUGGAGCCACCCAACAGUACGAAUUCUCCUUACAAACAUUGGCAAACUCAAAUGCCCGUUACAUCUGAGGCUUUAAAUAGAUGCAGCAUUGGACCCGGUGAAGAACUCUUCUCAAUGAAGUACAGCGGUCAUCAAAGUAUCUGGACACUUAGGACGCACUUCUGAAUGGCUGAACAUUAACAAAUGUGUCUACAAAAAAUGCAGCCGGAGCGUAUGCUGCUUAUAUAGAAUAUACCAAAUGUUUUUCAUGUUUCUCUGUCUUUUCCAUUUCUGUGAAAUAGAAUAUGAUCAGUGGAUCACAUCAGUGUGCUUUAUAUUAAAGCUUUCUUAAUAUUCUACCUCCCUUGAAUAAAUAUGUCAGUGUUUAACUAUGUUUAUCAUUGAUUCAGUGUGUUAGUCUGGUGUUUAAUGAUGAUAGUCAGACAUUAACAGAGAUCAUAUGCACAUGUGUAGAAAACUGCCUUUUCCUCAAUGUUGCCAAGGGGUUGCACACGGUCAUUAGGUCACGCUGCGUUUUUAAAAUCCAAUCAAAUUGUCUUAUCAAAAUUUGUCACGUGGUUUCCUGUAAGGGAGCAGAGGAGGCGUCGAUGCUCCCUGGUUUUUGCGGUGCGUUGUGGCGAUUUUUAGGGAUGAACGUUUCAUUAAAACGGCUGACUCCCUGGUCAGUGCCCUGACAUGCCCAACAAGGGAGCUGAUCGAGACGCAGCCCCACUGGCACGAUGUCUGGUGUGCGACCAUUUGAGCAUUUAUAGACCUACUGUGUAUGUGCGCUAUGGAACAUUAAAAUUAUUUGUUACUCCUCAAAAAGACACACAAAAAAUGUGCUUCAAAGCAUUCUUUGCUGCGAUGCCAUAUUGCAGACCCUUUAGAACCGUAUUCUUUUAAUAGUCUGUAGAACUUUUAAUGCAUCAGAAAGCUCCAUGUGGAUGAUCAAGGAAAUUGAACCAUUUUGAGUUUUUAAAAGUGUUUAGUUUUGCUUUGAAAACAACACAUCAAUAGUGCUAAUACUUGGAUUUCAAGCAUAAAAACAUAGGAGUAGCCUAUAUUUGAUUCUUUCUUUCCUGAUACAUUUUUUUGUUUAACUUUUCACUAAUUUAUAAUACCUAAAAGUAUAAAGUAAAAUGAUGGUAAUUCAGUGCUGCUACCUUACUGUAAACAGCUCAAAUUAAAAUGUAAUCAGAGGUCAGGUUAUAAAUGAGGCUUGAAUGUGUUUUUUUAGGAGACAGAUGACUGCAAGUCAUAUUUUUCUCGUGUUUUUUGCAUUUCAAUUUUGUUUUGUCUCACCAUA